AAUAUACUUGUUUUGAAUAGGGACAUCUAAUAAACGCAACAAAACUCACCAGUUUGCUACCGCUUUGCCGUUGUUGUUUAAGAAACAUUCCGAAUUUGCAACAGUGAACUACUCAACUGACCAAAAAACGCAGUCUCAGAUCAUCGUCAACCUCCUUUAACAGCAGUAACAAAAUCUUUAAGUGUUGCAUCCACUCUCCGAGAUGGGUGUAGUGAAGGGUGUUAUAUUGGAUGAAUCAGUACUCUUGGAUGGAGAAAAUGAUGAUAAAAAUGUAUCAUCACUACAGCCAGGAGUUGAAUCUCUCAUCAAAACACUCUUUUUGUCCCGAACACGUAUUGGAAUCGCUUAUACCGUUGAUCUUCCGAACGAUAAGGUUAGUAUUCUAAAAAGAAUAGCUAGUUUAUACUCACUUCAUUGCUUUAUCUUAAAUGACCCUGUAAACGAAGUUGCUAUGCCUGAAUGGUGUAAUACUGAGAAUGAGAGUGUUAUUUAUCUGGUUUCGAGUAAGAAGUUGUUGUUACGUAAAUUAAGAAGCUAUAAUUGGUUGGUUGUUGUUCUGAAUGUUGGAGGUGAAAAUGAAAGUGGCAGUUCUCGUGAAUCCAACACUCCAAAUAUUGAUAACCUAGCAGAGUUGCCAUUGAACAUUUGUCGGUUAAAUAAAAAGUUAACCGGAAACAAUUUCUUGACUGUGGGUUAUACAAUGAAGCCUUCUCGUGUUGAAGAUUUUGCGAAGAGGGGUGCGUUCCCUUUGUCUCCUACAGAAAAUGGUUUAAUGUUUGUGCCUCUUAUGGCCACGCUUCCUUUAGCGUCUCAGUUAAAAGAUGUUGACAUUGUUCUUCAUAAAGCCACUGAUGAAAUUUUAUCCGUUGAAGAGAACAAACUUACGUUUACACCAAAAAUGCAAGAACUGCAAAGGUAUUUGGAUCAGAAUCAGGAUUUCUGUGUGGUUGAUCCAUUGGUUAACAUUUAUCCUAUAUUGGAUCGGCUAGAAAUUCAACAAGUUCUACUUGGCUUGUUAGAACUGAAUACCGUAGGUAGUUGUUUGAUAAGAGGGGCCCGUUUUCUGAAGGUUUAUAAUUUUAGCGAAGUGAAUUUUGCAUCUGAAUUAACGGAAGCUGGAUUAUCUCUUCCGUGUAUAGUGAAACCUAAUGUUGCUUGUGGUGUCAGUGAUGCUCAUAAGAUGGCAAUAGUUUUCAGAAUUGAAGAUUUUAAGAGUAUAAACGUUCCUCUACCAGCUGUUAUUCAGGAAUAUGUGGAUCAUUCGUCCACUUUAUACAAGUUUUAUGUCUUGGGUGAGAAAGUUUUCUAUGCUGUCAAAAAGUCGAUACCAAAUGCUGAUAUUUUGAUGAAAUCAUCUAGUGGUGAUGAUCUCAAACCUCUAGAGUUUGAUAGUUUGAAAUCUCUACCCACCGCCGAAAGCACUGUCGUGGAUUCUGGAGCUAGUAACGAGUCUAUUGACCUUAAGCUGGUUACAGAUGCUGCAAAUUGGCUUAGGAAAAGGCUUAGUCUCACAAUCUUUGGUUUCGAUGUUGUUAUUCAAGAAGGAACUCAUGAUCAUGUAAUUGUCGAUGUAAACUACCUCCCAUCUUUUAAGGAAGUACCUGAUGACAUCUCUAUCCCUGCCUUCUGGGCAGCCAUUAGAAAUAAAUUUGACAGUAUGGUUUCUAAACAAGCACGUGCUUGAAUGAACAUCACGACUUUGACAGGAAUUUUUGCCAGUGAUUGCAUCAGAAACGUUGACCAGAUAGCGGAUCUUAUCAUGCUAAAAAUGAGGUUGAAUAAUUUUAGUGUUGCAUGUUUGAAAUUGAAACACUUAACAGUUGGUUAUUUUUACAAUUCAGUGUAAUGCUUCUGCUAUUUGGUGUUUUAUUGCCUUGCAUGAAAAAUAAAUUAUGUGAAAAUUUGUUGAAUGCUGGUAGUUAAAUCUUUAUACAUGUGAGG